GGAGCAAGAGCUAAGCUGAAGGUCCCUGAAUUAUCCAAUUAGGAAAUGGAAGGUAAGAAGGAAGAGAAGAGGAAGAGAGGAAGGAAGGAAAGAAGAGGGAAAGGGAGGGAGGAAGGGAGAAAUGAGUGGAGGGAGAGAAGAAGAGAGGGGAAAUAGAUGGAUAGCUUUCAUCCUCCUUCAUGCAAUUGGUCUGAGGGAAAUGCUGUACCAUUUCAAGACUUAUUUUAUGUCUUCCAUUCAAACUUCCAUUUCAGCUGGGAAUGAUGACUGUUCUUUCUCUAGUGACUGAUUGACAUAAAUCCUGUGGUUUUCAAUCUGUCUGAAAAAAAGCUCCCCAAACACCUGGCACAUUCUACCACAUAGGGCAGCACCGCCUAAGACAGUAGCUCCAACCCUUAAGAGCGCUCAUGGUGAAUCCCAGAGGCCCAUGGGUGUCAUCCCCCCUCCACCAGCCUUACCGUCAUAAGCCUCACCAAGGAAGGAAAACCAUCGGCUGGGAGUCCACAGCCGAUGGUUUUCCUUCCUUGGUGAGGCUUAUGACGGGGCUAAAGACAUGUGGCGAGCCUACUCUGACAUGAGAGAAGCCAAUUACAAAGAUGCAGACAAGUACUUCCACGCCCGGGGCAACUAUGACGCUGCCCGAAGGGGACCUGGGGGCGCCUGGGCUGCUGAAGUGAUCAGCGAUGCCAGGGAGAAUAGUCAGAGAGUCACAGACCUUUUUAAGCAUGGAGACAGUGGCCACGGACGGGAGGACUCAGAGGCUGACCAGUUUGCCAAUAGAUGGGGCCGGAGCGGCAAAGACCCCAAUUACUUCCGACCUCCUGGCCUGCCCGACAAGUACUGAGCUGCCUCUCACUCUGCUCAGGAGACGACGGGGCUGUGAGCCCCCAAGGGCAGGGACGCUGAGCUUGUGAGUUCUCUGUCCACAGAAGCCAGCAGAUCUAAUAAAUGCUUAAGAGAUUGAA